AUGUCUGGCAUGAAUAAAAGGUCGGCCCCAACGGUGAGGGGCGAUAAAGUGGGGCCUUGGAAAUUAGGCGAAACGCUAGGAUUCGGUAGCACUGGUAAAGUUCAGUUAGCGUGUAACGAAAUCACCCAGCAAUCGGCUGCCGUUAAAGAAAUUUCCAAAGCCAUUUUUAGUGCAAAAACAGCACCUGGGAAUAGUUCUAUUGCAGCCUCCACGCCAGAUCCUCUACCUUAUGGUAUUGAAAGAGAAAUUAUCAUUAUGAAGCUUCUCAAUCACCCUAACGUUCUUAGACUGUAUGACGUCUGGGAGACAAAUCCCUCACUUUAUAUGGUUCUAGAAUAUGCGGAGAAGGGGGAACUUUUCAAUUUACUAGUGGAAAACGGCCCUCUUCCUGAAAAUGAGGCUGUUUGCUUCUUUAGACAAAUUAUCAUCGGUGUAUCUUACUGUCACGCGUUAGGUAUUGUCCACAGAGAUCUAAAACCAGAGAAUCUUUUACUUGAUCACGAUCUUAAUAUUAAGAUUGCGGACUUUGGUAUGGCCGCGCUAGAGACAGAGGAUAAGCUUCUAGAGACUUCAUGUGGAUCUCCUCACUAUGCCGCUCCUGAAAUUGUAUCAGGUAUACCGUACCACGGAUUUGCUUCUGAUAUCUGGUCCUGUGGUGUUAUCUUUUUCGCGUUACUAACGGGUAGAUUGCCAUUUGAUGAAGAGGACGGCAAUAUUAGAAAUUUACUUUUAAAAGUUCAAAGUGGUAAGUUUGAAAUGCCAGACGAUGACGAAAUUUCUCCGGAGGCUCAAGAUUUACUGGCUAAAAUCUUGACUGUAGAUCCUGAAUGUAGGAUAAAACCAAGAGAAAUUUUGAAACAUCCGCUGUUGCAGAAAUACCCAAAUGUUAGUGAUAAUAAAAGCAUUAGAAAUUUACCCCGCGAAGAUACCUAUUUACACCCAUUAUCCGAUAGUGGUUCUUCUGAGGUCGAUCAAAAUAUCUUACAAAAUCUAGUAGUUUUAUGGCACGGCAGGCCCGCCGGUGAAAUUGCUGCUAAAUUGAAAGAUCCAGGUGCUAAUGCUGAAAAGACUCUUUACGCUCUGUUAGCGCGCUUCAAAAAUGAUACCGAACGCGAAGCCGCCAGGCAGAAACAAAUUAAAAAGAGGUCGUCUCUAAAUGGUACUGGUGCUGGUGUAAACAAUAAUCACGUUUCUCCUAAGAAGAGGAACAGAGCUUCUACAAUCAAUGCAUCGUCCUCGCAUAAGAGACCAGUAUCUCUAAUUAAAUUAUCUGGAUCGAGUAACAGUAACAGUAACAGCAACCCAUCAAGCACUUCAACAACACCUCCGAAGAGAAUGUCUGUCAACCUUUCUUCAAACAAGCGGCUAUCCACUGUUAAGACUCAAGGAAACGGUGGUUCGCCCACGCCGGCGUCCCGUAGUAAAAGGGUAUCAAUCAUUGAAUCAGAUAAGAAUGGUGGUGCACCUCCAGUACCAAUUGACAUGUUAAAGGACUAUAACAAAACACCAAACAGCAAAAGGUUAUCAAGAGCAAGCGUUAGGCUUUCGUUCAAGCCAACGAAUAAACGUGGUUCCGUGACUACCAAGCUGAUUUCAACUUACGCUAAACUCUCAGAGGAAGACGAUUGGGAGUACAUUGAAAAAGAGACUAAAAGAACUAGUAGCGAUUUUGCCACUCUAAUUGAUGAAAUCUUCGAACAUGAAAAGUUCGAACAGAUCAGAAAGGAGAAGGCAGAAUUGGAGAGAAGAGUUAAAGAAACGAAGGAGCGUGAGGAGCGUGAAAGAAAGGAGCGUGAAGAAAAGGAAUUAAACGAAAAAUUGGAAAAUGAUGCUAGACAGAAACGUGAAAUGGAGGCCCAAGAGGCUCAGGGUGAUGAUGGCACUGAUACCGAGAGUGAUGUACACUCAAAUAAUCAAGCUCCUAAUGGUGUUAGGUCUGUUUCCGCACCUUUAGAGAGGAAAAAGAGAGAUUCAAUGGUUAAUGUACAAUCCGAUAUUGAAGAAAUUUUCGGUCAGCGUACUAUGUCCCUACAAACUAGACCCGUUUCUAGAUUGGAUCCAGGUCUAUUUUACGCUGAGGAAUCUAAUGAGCCUGAGGCUGGUGACACUGAGGAAGAGAAAAAGUUGAGAACCCAAAAGAACAUUUUGGAGACCAUUAGGAGAUCGAAAUUUUUGGGAUCGUCCUUUGAUAUCGGAAAGGAAUUGCAAAAUGAAGAGUUGAAGAAGAAAGCUUCUCAACCACAUCGUGAUCGUACCGUUUCUCAAACCAAUGAGCCUUAUGAUACCCGGGUGCUGCCAACACAAGCUGUGGCUACCGCUCCAUUGAGAGACCAAGAACCAAGAAAGAUUUCCGAAAUCAGUGUUCCUCAAUUUACCAGAAAAUCAAGAUUCUUCAGUGAUUCUAACAAAAGGCUCUCUGUUCUAUCGAUGUACUCUACAAAGCACUCGUACAACAACUUGUCAAAUCUAUUGAAUGAUAGCGAUGCUAGCGACGGUCGGUUGAAUUCUGCUGCGGAAUAUUCUGAUGUCAAAGGCAAGAAGGAACCGGAAUUCCAAUUCGAAGCUGUUCGUGAGGCUUCUGAUGAGGAUAACGGUAUCUCACGCUUGAGUAACAAUGACGAAAGACUUCGCAACGUUUCAGGUACCUCGGGUGGAUCUGGAGUCCCCCACGAUAAUUUAUCUUCUAAACACAAUAUGAAGUUGAAUUUUGCAGACAGAUUCUCGGCAGAUGAACCUACAGCUGGUAGCUCUAACAGUAGCAGCGCUUCGAAGAACGUUAAAUUACCUACUUUACCACCAUUGGAUGGUACAAGUGAAGCAAACGGAUUAGGCAUCUACCAAUCUUCUUCUGAAUCUUUCAGGGAUAUUGUUGAACCUACGCCUAAGUCUAAGCUCCAAGACAAUUCCAGUAAUCCAGAACAGGAAGUAGAAGAAGAAGUUGCUGGUAGAGAAGGCUCUGUAAAACAUUCUGCUAUAGACACGGCAUCAAAGGAAAGAUCAAAAAGGACUGACAGAAUUGACGCCAAGAAGCCUUCGUCUUUCCAAGAAAACUUAGCAUCUGCUGGUGCCUCCAAAGGACCACCAUUAAACGAUUCUAUGCCUAAGCGUAGAAACGAAGAUCCACGCAACGGUUCUACAGCGGCCAAGGGAGAAAACGGAAGGGCUCCGCUCAAAGACAUAACGACGAAUUCGGAUAAGAAGAGAAACGUAUCGUUCUUCAGGAAAUUCUCUAAAUCAAACGAAAAGGAUACCACAGGUUUCGAUGGUGAGAUAAAUACCACAGUGAGCGCAAAGCAAUUAUUCUUGGGUCUACAGAAUUUACUCCAUGGUUGGACACAGUACGGUCUCAAAGACGUAAGAAGUCAUCCUGAGAAAAUGACACUAACAGGUAAAUUAACAAGUGAAAACAUUCUAUCACUGCGAUCAACUCUUUUCGAAAUGGUUGUUUGGUCAAGAGGUAAAGUAAGCGUCGUUGGGUUUCGUAAAAAGUCAGGCUCUUCCAAGGCAAUGAGAAGAUUGGUUAGUGAGGUGGAAAAGGUAUUGUUGAAGGAAGGUGUAAUAUCAAAGUAA